AUGCUGCCGCUCAGGCUGCUCGGCCUCCUCUGGAUGCUCGGGGCCUCCCCAGGGGCCACAGGAACUCUGUCCACGGCCUCAUCCACCUCGGCUGCGCUCUUCCCUGGUGCAGAAGCAGCCCGCCCUGCCCCGCGCUCCAAGGGCGCAGCAUGGGGGCCCCUGGGGACCCCCCAAACUGCCUUUCCCCUGCCUGAGAGCAGAGAAAACACACCUAUGACUCUCCUGUCCACUCACCUUCCCAAAACAGGGCUCAGCCCCCCGGGCAGUUCCAACACCUCCACCACGUUUGCCGUCAAGGUUGAAACCAGCCCCCCCACAGUCUUAGUCUACCAGUCUACCACGGAGUGCGUCGAUCCCACGAGCAUGCUCAUUACCACCGCCUACCCCCACACCACCUGUGUGACUGUGACCAGCGUGCCCCUCACCGGCUCAUACACUGCCACUCCCGUGACACAGAAGCCAGUGACGGCCACCUCCAGGACUUACCCUGUUACCACCACCCAGAAGGUGACCUCAGUCAUGACCUCUUCCCUCACCUCCGCCACUACAGGGAGCAUGUCCACAGUGAUGGCCAUACCCACCUCCUCUUCCUCAACAGCAGAUAACCCCUGGGACCCUGGGACCUCCUCUACAAAGGGGACCACAGAAAGGACUACCCCGAGCCCAUCAGGCCUCCUUUCAACUCGAAUAACGACGCAGAACAAUUUCAUUGACUGGUCCUCCACCAUCCAGAACACGGAAACACCAUCAGCAGCUAGCACCACCAUGAGCGCCACUCCCAGUGUGACCACUAAUCUCCCGAGUCCUGGAAGCUCCCCAACAGGUUCCCUGGCUACAGGCACUCCAGCCACGUCUGCAUCCUCCCCAGCCACGGCCGCCACCGCCUCUCCUGCCAUGACCAGCAGUGUGUUCACGUCCCCCACAAGUACGAUCCUGUCUUCUACUCAAUUCCCAAGCACAGGACCAGUGACCACCGCCACCACCCACAGCACCCCAUCAGCUACCUGGGUCACCACAGCCCCUAUGACAGAUGCCAGGUCUACAGCUACAUCUGAGAUGUCCUCAGCCAGUUUCCCCUCUAGUGCUGUCACACAUUCCACAUCUGAUGUCACCUCUCCCACCACCAUGACACACACACAGACCAGUGCUUCUUUCCUCUCACCCACGUGGUCCUCUGUGUCCACCUCAGAAACCACCAAGCCUGCUCCCACAUUGCAGGUAACUGUGGCCACCGUGACCACCUCUCACGACACACACAACUUCACAACUUCAAGCAGCUACCCCACUUACAGCCCAUCCACAACUGCCAUCCCCUCACCUCCCAGCACCCUGGGUACCACAGAGACACCCACACUCACAUCUUCCUCCAGUCCAGGCAUCCCUGCCGUCUCACUGACCACCAGUACCACCUCAUCUAUGGACAACUCUGGGCCAUCGACCAUGACAACAGACAUGACUUCCACCUACAUAGCCUCCAGCAUUCCAGCGACCCUCACCAAGACCAGUCCCUGGUCCUCCACCAUCCAGCACACGGACACGACCCCACUGGUUAGCACCACCAUGAGCACCACUCCCAGUGUGACCACUAAUCUCACGACUCCUGGGAGCUCCCCAACAGGUUCCCUGGCUACAGGCACUCCAGCCACGUCUGCAUCCUCCCCAGCCACGGCCGCCACCGCCUCUCCUGCCAUGACCAGCAGUGUGUUCACGUCCCCCACAAGAACGAUCCUGUCUUCUACUCAAUUCCCAAGCACAGGACCAGUGACCACUGCCACCACCCACAGCACCCCAUCAGCUACCUGGGUCACCACAGCCCCUAUGACAGAUGCCAGGUCUACAGCUACAUCUGAGAUGUCCUCAGCCAGUUUCCCCUCUAGUGCUGUCACACAUUCCACAUCUGACGUCACCUCUCCCACCACCAUGACACACACACAGACCAGUGCUUCUUCCCUCUCACCCACGUGGCCCUCUGUGUCCACUUCAGAAACCACCAAGCCUGCUCCCACAUUGCAGGUAACUGGGGCCACAAUGACCCCCUCUCAUGACACAAACAGUUUCACAACUGCAGCCACUUAUAGCACAUCUACAAUUGCCACCUCCUCACCUCCCAGCAUCUUGGGUACCACAGAGACAUCCACACCCACACUCACAUCUUCACCUACUCCAGGCAUCCCUGCCAUCUCACUGACCACCAGUACCACCUCAUCUAUGGACAACUCUGGGCCAUCGACCAUGACAACAGACAUGACUUCCACGUACACAGCCUCCAGCAUUCCAGCGACCCUCACCAAGACCAGUCCCUGGUCCUCCACCAUCCAGCACAUGGACACGACCCCACUGGCUAGCACCACCAUGAGCACCACUCCCAGUGUGACCACUAAUCUCACGAGUCCUGGGAGCUCCCCAACAGGUUCCCUGGCUACAGGCACUCCAGCCACGUCUGCAUCAUCCCCAGCCACGGCUGCCACCGCCUCUCCUGCCAUGACCAGCAGUGUGUUCACGUCCCCCACAAGUAUGAUCCUGUCUUCUACUCAAUUCCCAAGCACAGGACCAGUGACCACUGCCACCACCCACAGCACCCCAUCAGCUACCUGGGUCACCACAGCCCCUAUGACAGAUGCCAGGUCUACAGCUACAUCUGAGAUGUCCUCAGUCAGUUUCCCCUCUAGUUCUGUCACACAUUCCACAUCUGACGUCGCCUCUCCCACCACCAUGACCACCUCUCAUGACACACACAGCUUCACAACUUAUAGCACAUCUACAACUGCCACCUCCUCACCUCUCAGCACCUUGGGUACCACAGAGACAUCCACACCCACACUCACUUCUUCCAGUCCAGGUAUCCCUGCCGUCUCACUGACCACCAGUACCACCUCACCAAUACUGACCUCCACCCACACAGCCUCCGACAUUCCAGUGACCCUCACCAAGACCAUUGCCUCAUCCCCCACCGUCCAGAACACAGAGAAAACUCCACUGGCUAGCACCACGCUGACCGCCACUCCCAGUGUGACCACUAAUCUCACGACUCCUGGAAGCUCCCCAACAAGUUCCCUGGCUGCAGGCACUCCUGCCACGUCUGCAUCCUCCCCAGCCACGGCCACCAGCAGCAGCAUCGGGACCACACACACUGGCAGCGUUUCCUCACCUCCAACCUCCCCCCAUGCGCACCACACGACAGCCACAUGCUCCCCAGCAUCCACCACCAACACCACAUUCACAUCCGCCUUGACCCCAGCACCACCUUCCACCACUGCAGAGGUGACUGCAACAGCUCAGACCACCUUCACCACCUCUAUGGCCACCAUGACCCCCUCUCACGACACACACAGCUUCACAACUGCAGCCACUUAUAGCACAUCUACCACUGCCACCUCCUCACCUCCCAGCACCUUGGGUACCACAGAGACAUCCACACCCACACUCACUUCCUCCAGGCCGGGCAUCCCUACCGUCUCACUGACCACCAGUACCACCUCAUCUGUGGACAACACUGGGCCAUCGACCAUGACAACAGACAUGACUUCCACCUACACAGUCUCCAGCAUUCCAGCGACACUCACCAAGACCAUUCCCUGGUCCUCCACCAUCCAGCACAUGGACACGACCCCACUGGCUAGCACCACCAUGAGCGCCACUCCCAGUGUGACCACUAAUCUUCCGAGUCCUGGAAGCUCCCCAACAGGUUCCCUGGCUACAGGCACUCCAGCCACGUCUGCAUCCUCCCCAGCCACAGCCACCAGUGCCUCUCCUGCCAUGACCAGCAGUGUGUUCACGUCCCCCACAAGUACGAUCCUGUCUUCUACUCAAUUCCCAAGCACAGGACCAGUGACCACCGCCACCACCCACAGCACCCCAUCAGCUACCUGGGUCACCACAGCCCCUAUGACAGAUGCCAGGUCUACAGCUACAUCUGAGACGUCCUCAGCCAGUUUCCCCUCCAGUGCUGUCACACAUUCCACAUCUGAGGUCACCUCUCCCACCACCAUGACACACACACAGACCAGUGCUUCUUCCCUCUCACCCACGUGGCCCUCUGUGUCCACUUCAGAAACCACCAAGCCUGCUCCCACAUUGCAGGUAACUGGGGCCACAAUGACCCCCUCUCAUGACACACACAGCUUCACAACUUCAAGCAGCUACCCCACUUACAGCCCAUCCACAACCGCCACCCCCUCACUUCCCAGCACCCUGGGUACCACAGAGACACCCACACUCACAUCUUCCUCCAGUCCAGGCAUCCCUGCCGUCUCACUGACCACCAGUACCACCUCAUCUGUGGACAACUCUGGGCCAUCGACCAUGACAACAGACAUGACUUCCACCUACACAGCCUCCAGCAUUCCAGCGACCCUCACCAAGACCAGUCCCUGGUCCUCCACCAUCCAGCACACGGACACGACCCCACUGGCUAGCACCACCAUGAGCGCCACUCCCAGUGUGACCACUAAUCUCACGACUCCUGGAAGCUCCCCAACAGGUUCCCUGGCUACAGGCACUCUAGCCACGUCUGCAUCAUCCCCAGCCACGGCCACCAGCAGCAGCAUCGGGACCACACACACUGGCAGCGUUUCCUCACCUUCAACCUCUCCCCAUCCGCACCACACGACAGCCACAUGCUCCCCAGCAUCCACCACCAACACCACAUUCACAUCCGCCUUGACCCCAGCACCACCUUCCACCACUGCAGAGGUGACUGCAACAGCUCAGACCACCUUCACCACCUCUAUGGCCACCAUGACCCCCUCUCACGACACACACAGCUUCACAACUGCAGCCACUUAUAGCACAUCUACCACUGCCACCUCCUCACCUCCCAGCACCUUGGGUACCACAGAGACAUCCACACCCACACUCACUUCCUCCAGGCCAGGCAUCCCUACCGUCUCACUGACCACCAGUACCACCUCAUCUAUGGACAACUCUGGGCCAUCGACCAUGACAACAGACAUGACUUCCACCUACACAGUCUCCAGCAUUCCAGCGACACUCACUAAGACCAUUGCCUCGUCCCCCACCAUCCAGCACAUGGACACGACCCCACUGGCUAGCACCACCAUGAGCGCCACUCCCAGUGUGACCACUAAUCUCACGACUCCUGGGAGCUCCCCAACAGGUUCCCUGGCUACAGGCACUCUAGCCACGUCUGCAUCCUCCCCAGCCACGGCCACCAGUGCCUCUCCUGCCAUGACCAGCAGUGUGUUCACGUCCCCCACAAGAACGAUCCUGUCUUCUACUCAAUUCCCAAGCACAGGACCAGUGACCACCGCCACCACCCACAGCACCCCAUCAGCUACCUGGGUCACCACAGCCCCUAUGACAGAUGCCAGGUCUACAGCUACAUCUGAGAUGUCCUCAGCCAGUUUCCCCUCUAGUGCUGUCACACAUUCCACAUCUGAGGUCACCUCUCCCACCACCAUGACACACACACAGACCAGUGCUUCUUCCCUCUCACCCACGUGGCCCUCUGUGUCCACCUCAGAAACCACCAAGCCUGCUCCCACAUUGCAGGUAACUGUGGCCACCGUGACCACCUCUCAUGACACACACAGCUUCACAACUUCAAGCAGCUACCCCACUUACAGUCCAUCCACAACUGCCAUCCCCUCACCUCCCAGCACCCUGGGUACCACAGAGACACCCACACUCACAUCUUCCUCCAGUCCAGGCAUCCCUGCCGUCUCACUGACCACCAGUACCACCUCAUCUAUGGACAACUCUGGGCCAUCGACCAUGACAACAGACAUGACUUCCACCUACACAGCCUCCAGCAUUCCAGCGACCCUCACCAAGACCAGUCCCUGGUCCUCCACCAUCCAGCACAUGGACACGACCCCACUGGCUAGCACCACCAUGAGCACCACUCCCAGUGUGACCACUAAUCUCACGACUCCUGGGAGCUCCCCAACAGGUUCCCUGGCUACAGGCACUCCAGCCACGUCUGCAUCAUCCCCAGCCACGGCUGCCACCGCCUCUCCUGCCAUGACCAGCAGUGUGUUCACGUCCCCCACAAGUACGAUCCUGUCUUCUACUCAAUUCCCAAGCACAGGACCAGUGACCACUGCCACCACCCACAGCACCCCAUCAGCUACCUGGGUCACCACAGCCCCUAUGACAGAUGCCAGGUCUACAGCUACAUCUGAGAUGUCCUCAGUCAGUUUCCCCUCUAGUUCUGUCACACAUUCCACAUCUGACAUCGCCUCUCCCACCACCAUGACCACCUCUCAUGACACACACAGCUUCACAACUUAUAGCACAUCUACAACUGCCACCUCCUCACCUCUCAGCACCUUGGGUACCACAGAGACAUCCACACCCACACUCACUUCUUCCAGUCCAGGUAUCCCUGCCGUCUCACUGACCACCAGUACCACCUCACCAAUACUGACCUCCACCCACACAGCCUCCGACAUUCCAGUGACCCUCACCAAGACCAUUGCCUCAUCCCCCACCGUCCAGAACACAGAGAAAACUCCACUGGCUAGCACCACGCUGACCGCCACUCCCAGUGUGACCACUAAUCUCACGACUCCUGGAAGCUCCCCAACAAGUUCCCUGGCUGCAGGCACUCCUGCCACGUCUGCAUCCUCCCCAGCCACGGCCACCAGCAGCAGCAUCGGGACCACACACACUGGCAGCGUUUCCUCACCUCCAACCUCCCCCCAUGCGCACCACACGACAGCCACAUGCUCCCCAGCAUCCACCACCAACACCACAUUCACAUCCGCCUUGACCCCAGCACCACCUUCCACCACUGCAGAGGUGACUGCAACAGCUCAGACCACCUUCACCACCUCUAUGGCCACCAUGACCCCCUCUCACGACACACACAGCUUCACAACUGCAGCCACUUAUAGCACAUCUACCACUGCCACCUCCUCACCUCCCAGCACCUUGGGUACCACAGAGACAUCCACACCCACACUCACUUCCUCCAGGCCGGGCAUCCCUACCGUCUCACUGACCACCAGUACCACCUCAUCUGUGGACAACACUGGGCCAUCGACCAUGACAACAGACAUGACUUCCACCUACACAGUCUCCAGCAUUCCAGCGACACUCACCAAGACCAUUCCCUGGUCCUCCACCAUCCAGCACAUGGACACGACCCCACUGGCUAGCACCACCAUGAGCGCCACUCCCAGUGUGACCACUAAUCUCACGACUCCUGGGAGCUCCCCAACAGGUUCCCUGGCUACAGGCACUCCAGCCACGUCUGCAUCCUCCCCAGCCACGGCCACCAGUGCCUCUCCUGCCAUGACCAGCAGUGUGUUCACGUCCCCCACAAGUACGAUCCUGUCUUCUACUCAAUUCCCAAGCACAGGACCAGUGACCACCGCCACCACCCACAGCACCCCAUCAGCUACCUGGGUCACCACAGCCCCUAUGACAGAUGCCAGGUCUACAGCUACAUCUGAGAUGUCCUCAGCCAGUUUCCCCUCUAGUGCUGUCACACAUUCCACAUCUGAGGUCACCUCUCCCACCACCAUGACACACACACAGACCAGUGCUUCUUCCCUCUCAUCCACGUGGCCCUCUGUGUCCACUUCAGAAACCACCAAGCCUGCUCCCACAUUGCAGGUAACUGGGGCCACAAUGACCCCCUCUCAUGACACACACAGCUUCACAACUUCAAGCAGCUACCCCACUUACAGCCCAUCCACAACCGCCACCCCCUCACUUCCCAGCACCCUGGGUACCACAGAGACACCCACACUCACAUCUUCCUCCAGUCCAGGCAUCCCUGCCGUCUCACUGACCACCAGUACCACCUCAUCUGUGGACAACUCUGGGCCAUCGACCAUGACAACAGACAUGACUUCCACCUACACAGUCUCCAGCAUUCCAGCGACACUCACCAAGACCAUUCCCUGGUCCUCCACCAUCCAGCACAUGGACACGACCCCACUGGCUAGCACCACCAUGAGCGCCACUCCCAGUGUGACCACUAAUCUUCCGAGUCCUGGAAGCUCCCCAACAGGUUCCCUGGCUACAGGCACUCCAGCCACGUCUGCAUCCUCCCCAGCCACGGCCACCAGCGCCUCUCCUGCCAUGACCAGCAGUGUGUUCACAUCCCCCACAAGAACGAUCCUGUCUUCUACUCAAUUCCCAAGCACAGGACCAGUGACCACUGCCACCACCCACAGCACCCCAUCAGCUACCUGGGUCACCACAGCCCCUAAGACAGAUGCCAGGUCUACGGCUACAUCUGAGAUGUCCUCAGCCAGUUUCCCCUCUAGUGCUGUCACACAUUCCACAUCUGAGGUCACCUCUCCCACCACCAUGACACACACACAGACCAGUGCUUCUUCCCUCUCACCCACGUGGCCCUCUGUGUCCACCUCAGAAACCACCAAGCCUGCUCCCACAUUGCAGGUAACUGUGGCCACCAUGACCACCUCUCAUGACACACACAGCUUCACAACUUCAAGCAGCUACCCCACUUUCAGCCCAUCCACAACUGCCAUCCCCUCACCUCCCAGCACCCUGGGUACCACAGAGACACCCACUUCUUCACCCUGGUCCUCCAGUCCAAGCAUUCCUUCCUUCACUUCGAUCUCCAUCACUCCCUCAUCUGUGGGCAAUACCAGUCCAUUGAUCACGGUGACAGGCAACCCUUCCACCCCCACAGAUUCCAGUGUGUCCACAACCCACACUACAACCAUUUCCCGGUCUCCCACUGUCCAGAACCUGGACUCAACACCACUUGUUAGUACAAUCCACAUCACCUCCCCCAGCACACAGACGACCCCAGCAAUUCCUGAGAGCACCGGGGGAGGUUCUUUUGGUACAAGUGUUCGGGCUACAUCUGACACCUCAUUGUCAAUGUCCUCCUCUGCUAUAUUUACCUCUGUUAGAGGAUCCUCCUCUUCUCCUGUACAUAGUACUUUUUCUCCUGUAGGUACGGAUUCUUCCUUCUCUUCUCUUCCUACCUUCACUCCAUCACCACACUCGAGUACUCUCGAGUCAAUGUCACAUGCCCCUAUGACAAGUAGUGAGUUGUCCACUCUUAAAACCUCUGUCUCCACCCCCACAGUGGUAACGUCACUCACUACCUCUAGCGAGACCAGCACAGAAGCCUUCUCUGGGGGUAGCACUUCCACCAAUGCCAGGGUUACGUCUUUUGGCAUCUUGAUCUCUUCCACACCCUCAGUGAUAUUGUCCUCUCCUCUCUCUUCCACCACUAGCAGUUCCACCCUCACUACUACCACCAACGCUGAUCCUACCGCACAACAUGGCUCCAGUAUGGAAAAUCUCAGCUCUUCAGUCACUGCCUUUUCUCCUUCCUCUUCUGCAACGACCAGAACUUCUCCAACCAUCUCCUCGCUGACCACAACUCUCACUGAACUAACCCCCUUUUCUUUUAUUUCUCUUCCUUCCUCCACACCCUGUCCAGAAACUAUAACCAUUACAAUACUGUCCACCUCUCCCACUCUUCCAUGUAUCGAAAUUGAUCCCGGUAUUGAUGUUACCUCUCCUCCCACCAUACCAUUCUCCAUCCUUCCCUCUUCGACUGAAAUGGUUACCUUUCCCAGUUAUACCAGUAUAAGAACGGGGCUUCCAACACAUAUGGACUCUUCUACUUCCAUGACUCCAGAAUCCGAGCCAACCAAUAACAUAACUGAUGCUCCUAGUUCUUCUGGUACUAGGACCGUACCCAUGAGCACAGUUUUGAUGAGCACCCAAAUGCCCUCCAGUGAGAUCCCACCUAGCACCAACUCUGUCACUUCCCCACGUUUGCCUGGUUCCACUAAUCUCCCGCCUGCCACACAACCAAGCAGUAGUCUUCCAACGCGCACGACUUCAAGCAAGUUGACACACCCCACUCCACCCACCACCAGAAGUCCAGAGAUACCAGUGGCCACCACGAAGACUCCCACCAACCUUGUGUCACCAGGGACAACUUUGACCACCACUAAGACGACUACCGUGUCAAGAAUGACCACCACCCCAGGUGACUGUGACAAUGGCGGCACCUGGGAACAGGGCCAGUGCUCCUGUCGCCCAGGGUUCUCUGGGGAUCGCUGUCAGUACAAGGAUAUCGGGUGCCAGAAUGGGGGGGCAUGGGAUGGCCUCAAGUGCCUCUGCCCCCCCACCUUCUAUGGCUCUCGCUGUGAGUUUCCUGUGGAUCAGUUGGAGCUAGACACAGUGGAGGCUGAAGUGGGCAUGGAGGUGUCUGUCGAUCAGGAAUUUUCUCCAGACCUCAAGGACAACAUUUCCAAGGCCUACAGGGACUUCAACAAGACCUUCCAGGAUCAGAUGAAGAAGAUGUACAGAGAUGUGCAGGAGUUCAGGGGUGUGAAAAUCCUCUCCUUGAGGAGUGGCAGCAUCGUGGUGGACUAUCUGGUCCUGCUGGAGCUGCCCUUCAGCCGGCAGUUGGAGAGCGACUAUGAGAAGGUGAAGACAGUCCUGAAGGAGGCGCUCCAGAGUGCCAUUCAGGAUGGGGACAGCUGCCAGAAAAACCAGACCCUGUGUUUUAAGCCUGACUCCGUCAAAGUAAAUGAGGACAUCAGGACAGAGCUGACUCCGAAAGCCAUCUGCCGCAGAGCUGCUGCCAAGGGCUACGAGGAAUUCUACUUCCCCCUGGUGGAGGAGAACCGGCUCCGUUGUGUCACCAAUUGUGCACAGGGCGUGGACGGUGCCAUCGACUGUCAACAGGGCCAGUGCAUUCUGGAGAAGAGUGGCCCCGUGUGCCGGUGUUUCUCCACGGACACUCACUGGUUCUCGGGCCCGCGCUGCGAGAUGGGCAUCCAUUGGAGGGCGCUGGUCGGGGGCCUGGCGGGGGGCGCCGCGGUUCUGCUGCUGCUGCUGGGGCUGCUGAGCGUCUGGGUGGUGCGCUACCGGGGCAAGGACCGCCAGCGCCGAGGACGGUCCUGGGACGAGGACAGGCAGUGGUUUGAGAUAUGGGAUGAGGACAUCGUGGGGACUUUUUCCAACCUUGGCUUCGAGGACGACAGAAUAGUGAAGGAUGAAAACUUCCACGUGGCCUUGGAUAAUGUGGACACCAACAUGAAGGUACACAUUCAGAGACCUGAGAUGGCCUCGUCCUCGCUCUGAGCCCUGUGGGACCUCUUCACCACCCCCUCCACCCUGCCCAGGACUGCAGGAGGGAACCAACUACACUGCGUCCAUUUCGAGAGGUGGCCUCAAGCUCCUGGUGACCUUGGGCAAAAUCAGACUGUUCCCUUUACCCCCAUCCUCCCAACUGGGCUGAAACCCACCUGGAGACCCAGUUCCCAUCCAGGUUCUUCUGCUGUGAGACCUUGGACAGCUCAGUGCUUUCUCCCACCUGUUUCCUUGCCUGUAAAGUGGGUAUAACAUCCUUGUCCUGAUACCUCUCAUGAUUACUGUGAAAACCAGGUGUUUGUUCAGUUCUGUUCCAAUCUACCCACCUGUCUCCACCCUCAUGUUUAGGUCAUCUCUCUCAGAUCCCCCUUCCCCAGGUCUCCGGCUUUGGUCCCCACUUUUCUGUUUGCAUCCCAUCACUAUCCCAGUUGUUUCCGGGCCCCUCACUGAACCUGUAGGCAGCCCACCCCCUCUCCUGCCCUCUCCCAUAUAACCGCUUCUGUGCCCUGGCUCUCCUUCCUUGUCUGCUCCCUUCUGAGCCAGUUCCUUAAAACAGUCCCCUCCCCCAGCCCUGUAUCUCCCCAGUUUUUGUAUUCCCCUCCCCUAUCCCAGUACCCUCAGCCCUGAAUCCUUACCUCCCCAUCCCAGUGUUCCCCCCAAAAUCCUACCUCCUCCCCACACGCCUUUUCCUAGAUAGGUCCAGAUACUCCUGGCUUCUGAGGGUCCCCCAACUGGCACUCCCCAGGCCUCACCAUUCUGAGGUUCCACCCCUUUCUCUCACCCCAAGGGACCCAGAUCCCUGUGGGCAGGGGUGGAGCCUGAGUUUCCCAAGCCCCCAAGGAUGAGGGGAAGUGAGGUCCCCUCCUCCUCCUUCCCCUGAUUCUCCCUUCUCCCCUCCUUCCUCAGCCUCACAGCCUCCUUCCCAUCCUACCUGCUUCUCCUCCCCCUCUCUCCCUUGGAUCACCCCAUCCCUGCAGUGACCUCUGAGCCUGAAGCCCUCGGAUCUCCUUUGCCAGGAAGAUCAAGUUUGGGGACUGGAAGUUGUGGAAUCUCCAGUUCCCCAUGUGAACACAA